AUGAACUCAACAACCUGUGUCAUCGAGGCCAACCCAGAUGUAUCUGGGACCGGGAUCCGGGCAUCAAUCUAUGCCCUCUGUCUCGGCGGUACGCUCGUAAGCUACUUCCUCCGAGUAUUCUCUCCAGGCGAAGACGAAGAAGAGUUCUCUCGCGGCGUAUCCUCCGCGCUGGGUAUGCAAGGACUAGCAUUGCUUUGUACAGCAAUCUACCAGACCUUCCGCAAUGAGUUAACCCUCUUCCACGCCAUCUGUGUGGUCCAUCUCCUUGCCUUGCUGGGUCUCAAUCUCAUCAGCAAAGGCCGAUACGCUGGAUUUGGUCCCUGGCGCCUAUGGUGCUUUGUAUUUAUCCAGGUUAUCGCGCUGGGGGCAUUCAUCGCUUUCAAUGUGUAUGUCUGGGUGACGGCGCCUCAUUUUGGCAGCCAACCCUCUUGCAACCCGGACACAGUUUAUGUCGUAUUUGGCGUGAGCAUCCAUGCUACGUCUCCAGUGUUCCGGUAUAUCAUUCUCGGCACACUGGGUGCCAGUGCUGCGGGCUUCAUUCUCGUCUUCACUUGUAUGCUGCCGUGUCUGUGCGGGGUGUGGAUUCGUCGACGACGAGAUGCGCAGGGUAGUGCCAGCCCAGCCCGUAAACGAGAUUGUACCAAGUGGUUUGUGCAGACGUCGACGAGUACCGAGUACCACAGCGAACAACGGGAGGAAUUGUCCGGCCAAGCGCUGCUCAAUUUCACUCUGAAUAGGGCUGCAUACAUUGGGCUUUGUAUCUAUUUGAUUGUAUCAUUGGAACAGACGAUUCAACGGAAUACCCUCGAUCCUCAGGAGAAGGGAUGGACGUUUGGACAAGUCAUUGCGAUCUUCUUGUUGCUUGGAGUUGCAAAUGAGCUGCUAAAUGUCGUGCUGGCGAGCUGGGAUCGCCGGAUUGGCCAUGAAGCUGGGUCUCAAGAGCUGACGCAGGUCAGGCCUGCGUCUAGUAGCACGGCGUCGAGGAAUUCACUU